AUGAAUGUUGCGCAUGUUUUGAAAAGCGGCAAAUCGAUAAGCCUUCGCAACGGUGUCUCCCCGUUGAAAUACUGCGUACCGGGUUGUGGUUACGCAGGUGCGUCGCCGGCAUCGAGAAUCGAUGAUCUGUCCGAUAUCUCGAAAUCUACAGAUGGCGCUUGUCGAUCGAAGAUCGAAAUCGCGGAGAAAUCGCGCGAGAGAAAUUAUGGCACCGCAGCGACCGCAACGACGGAAAAUAUUAUUGUACAGGAGGCACCUGAACCGCGAGGAAUUCCUUUAUUCGGAACGCUUUUCUCCUUCAUACUUUCCGGCGGUCCGAAAAAGCAACACGAGUACGUCGACAGAAGGCACAAAGAGUUGGGUCCAGUUUACAGGGAACGUCUAGGACCGGUGACGGCGGUUUUCGUAAACUCACCCCACGAAUUCCGUAGAAUCUUUCGACUGGAAGGACCGGCACCGAAACACUACAUACCGGAAGCUUGGACUUUGUACAACGAGAUACGGAAAUGUCGUCGUGGUUUAUUGUUCAUGAACGGCGACGAAUGGAUACACUUUCGUAAGAUUUUAAAUAAAGUGAUGUUGAUACCGGAUCCGACGAAUCUAAUGGCUGGACCGUGUCAAGAGGUCGCUGAGGGACUUCGAGAGAAAUGGCAAAUGCAAAUUAAGACUGGCUCUAUUAUAACAAAUUUACACGUUCAACUUUAUCAAUGGUCUAUAGAAGCAAUGGUGGCGACAUUAAUGGGAUCGUGUUGGCCCUCUCACAGACAACAGUUGUCUCGUGAUUUCAAGAAAUUAGCGGAAACUUUACACAAGAUAUUCGAAUACUCAGCUAAAUUAUCCAUAAUACCAGCUAACGUGGCGAUGAAUUUCCGUUUACCACUUUGGAGGAAAUUCGUUGAAUGCGCUGAUACAGCAUUCGAAAUCGUUCGAAAUCUGGUACCGGAAAUGACACGUUUAGGUGGCGACGGUCUAUUAAAAAAAAUGAUCGACGAAGGAAUACGAGACGAAGAUGCGAUUUGCAUCGUAACCGAUUUUAUUUUAGCUGCUGGCGAUACGACAGCGACUACUUUGCAAUGGAUACUACUACUGUUGUGCAAUCAUCCCGAGAGGCAAGAGGAAUUAUAUAAACACUUAAAGGAUAUUCCUCAGAAAGAAUUAUUACGUGAACCACUGUUAAAAGGCGUCAUUAAAGAGUCGCUUCGAUUAUAUCCUACAGCUCCAUUCAUAUCUCGAUAUUUACCAGAAGAUAGCGCGAUCGGUAAUUACUUUGUGCCAAAAGGGGAAUUACUCGUGUUAUCAGUUUAUUCGAGCGGUCGUGAUACUGCGAACUUUUCACAACCGAAUGAGUUCCUUCCGGAAAGAUGGAUUAGAACGGAAAAGGGCACUUAUCAAGGAGUGAUACAUCCACAUGCAAGCCUACCGUUCGCUUUAGGCGCCAGAAGCUGCAUCGGUCGAAAACUUGCGGAAAUACAAAUAUCGCUUGCAUUGGCAGAGCUAGUUAAGUCGUUCAAGAUAGAAUGCAUAAAUAAGGACAAGGUAAAAUUAAUUUUGCAUCUGAUUUCUGUUCCAUCUGAAUCGAUGCAGUUAAAACUAACGGAAAGAAAUUAG